AUGCGCAACCUCAAGAACGUGCGCCUCGCCGAGGUGCAGCUCCAGAAUGAGCUUCCUCUGACGGCAACGGCUUGGGACACUGCCUCCGAUGCUGUCAUUUGCACAUUUGGUCCCACAGAGGCCAACCCGGUCAUCGAAUUGAGGAGAAAGCGUGCCGAUGCCUAUUUUUCGGACCCGGUAGCGGCCGAUACCUUUGAGUGUAUCGCGUCCUGGGAUGCGCCCUGUCCUUUGCCGGACUUGCCCUGUGAUCGCGUCUGCUCGCUGCAUUACUUUGCCGACAAUCUGACGGCCUGUCUGGUGCUCGAAGGAGGCGACAUCGUCAUCGUGCGCGAAGAACCGCUUCCCGGCGAGGACAAGAUCGAGAUUGUGGGCUCGGUCGAUGUGGGUAUCACGGCGGCGGCUUGGUCGCCGGACGAGGAGCUAUUGGCUUUGACCACUCGCGCCGACACCUUCUUGUACAUGACGAGGGAAUUUGAGAAUGUGGCCGACAUCACUCUAGCCCCCGAGAAUCUGCAGCAAUCCCAGCACGUGUCGGUGGGCUGGGGUAAGCGCGAAACGCAGUUCCAGGGUAAGAGAGCCAAGGCGAUGCGUGACCCAACCGUUCCCGAGAAGGUGGACGAGGGAAAACUAAGCAGCAACGAUGACGGACGGACCUCGAUUAGCUGGCGCGGGGAUGGCGCAUACGUCGCGGUGAACCGUGUCGAGUUCGGUAUCCGUCGGGCUAUCCGAGUGUACUCGCGAGAGGGAACUUUGGACAGUGUCAGCGAGCCAGUCGAUGGCUUGGAGGGAGCUCUGAGCUGGAGACCUUAUGGCAAUCUCAUUGCAAGUAUUCAGCGGUCCGAGGAGAAGAUCGAUGUUGUGUUCUUCGAAAGAAAUGGUCUGCGUCAUGGCGAAUUUACCUUGCGAUUGACCGAGGAGGAACGAGCGUCUUGGGCGUCAAACAUUCAUCUUAGCUGGAACAUCGAUUCGACAGUGCUCGCCGUUCAGUUCCAGGACAGAGUCCAAUUCUGGACGAUGGGCAAUUACCACUAUUAUCUCAAACAAGAAGUGCCCGUGGUUGUCAACCCUGAAUAUUCGCAUCCCUUUGCUUUCAAAUGGCAUAAUGAGAAAGCGUUGCGCUUCGUUGCCGGGGCCUCAGGUAUUUAA